AUGUCUUCCAGCCAGAACCUUCAACAAGUGCUUGGAGAUCCAUCUGCACCCCAUCCAUUCAAGCUCCCGAGUACUGUCACGACAUUAGAGAAGGCUAUCCAACAAGUUCAAAACCUGGGCAUUGCCUGGUUCAUCAUCCACAGCGCUCUCGAUAGGGCCGGGGAUCCGAACAUAAAAGAACAUCUUAGAAACGAAUCCGAAUCCGAUGCUUAUAUCGAGAGCGAGCGAGAACUUAUCGAGUUGCUGAGAAGUAUGGUAGCGAAUGGUACCUUGCUCUCUGCCUUCUGGCGCCAAGCACCCUGGUUACCAUAUUCUCCAGGAGCGUUUCUAAAACCUGAGCCAGAGACUACCGAUGCGGACACAGCUCUUCGUACGCGGUGA